CACUUCCUGCUAAAUGGCUUGUUUCUUCGACAGUUGAGAGGUUUUAAGCCUUGCUUUUAUACAUGAAGACAUCGGUCGAGAAACAGCGUUUUGAGUUAACAACAGAGAAGGACGUCUCUGUGACUGUUCGGUCUACAUUUGGGUUGCACUCUACCAGCACCGUCCCAUUGCUGACUGGAGGAUUUCCAAGUAGGAUGCAGACAUGCAGUGUGAGCCAGACAUGUUGGAGGAACUUUUAGCUAAACCAUGAUUUACGAAGAAAGCAAGACAUAGAAGACCAAGAAGAUCAGUAGAUCACUGGAGAAAUACAACAGGGACACCUGCAGUCUGAAGGACAAUAAAAAGAUGGACGCCAGCAAAGUAUGGCAGUGGCGCAUUAUGCGUGUGAAGACAUAUUUGAGACGUCCAAACCCAUUCUAUCACAGCAACAGCAUAGGAUUGGAUUUUAAUGUAGCAUCCAACACACAGAAAAAACUGGACAUACAAUUAGUAACAAAUGGUGUCAUACUUGAGAUCUGUGACUUUGCUAGAAAAGUAAACAAGAGUAGAAGGCAUUUUAUCACAGAAAUACUGGAGAACAAUUUCGAUCUUGCAUCGGAAAAUGAGCAACAGCGGAUUGAUUUUAAUGCUCGAAUUGUGCACAAAGUCAAUGACCUGAUCAAGAAACCUCCUAAAGAUAAAAAUGAAGUUUUUACUCUCUUUGACACGUCAUGUACACCAGAAUGCAACAAUGGACUGAACAUGGCAUCUACAAAGCGUAAGACUAAAGGUUUCCUGGUGGAGAUGGAUGAUACUGAUGAUAGUGAAAAUGAAGAUACAUUCCAGUGUUCACAAGCAACAUCCAAAGAACACAUAAAGACAGAAAGUCCCUUGGUGGAGAUAGAAGAGGUACACGUCGUUGACCGUCAACAUGAGGAUGAAUUAAAGGGUUCAGAAACACAGUCAGCAGAAGCACGGAGAGAGGCUGUUCUUCCCCUUUUGUUUCCUUGUUGUGAAGAAAUUGGUCUGAGCCUUGAUGUUGGGUCAAAACAAAGUCUAGAUCCAGGUUUGUUGACAAAGGGUGUGAUGUUAGAAUUGGUACACUUCACCAGAAUUCUGACUGCAUCCUACAGCCCUAUUGUUCUGGGUGUGUUGGAGCACAAUUUUGAACUCGAUGUCAGUAGUCGACAGGCAAAAAGUCGAGUUUGGUUCAAGAUAUCACACCUGCUGAAAAGAAGAAAGCGAUUUCUCACCACUGGUAGCAAAAUGACCCCGGAGUUUAAAAAUGAGAGGUUUUCGUUCCAGACAAAUCCCUUCAAGAGAACUACUGGAUCACCACUGUCCAAUGUGGAAGGCCCACAGUAUCAGCUUAAGGAAGUGACAAAAAGAAGGCAGUCUGAUUUAAAAAGUAAACAGGAAAAGACGGCUCUGUCAACAACAGGUGAAAGGGGAAACAAAAGGUGCAGAAGAGAACAGUCUAAAGAAAUGGAGACCAACACACUCUCUCCUAACACUAUGUAUACCGGUCAAAUAACAAAGGAAGAUCAUUGUUACACUUGUCCUCUAGGAGAGUCUGAUCUAGACUCAGACACUGGCAAUAAAUGUGACAUGGAACAAGAGGAAAUGAGAGCAGAGAUCAACUACACUUGUCCUCUAGGAGAGUCUGAUCUAGACUCAGACGCUGGCAAUAAAUGUGACAUGGAACAAGAGGAAAUGAGAGCAGAGAUCAACUACACUUGUCCUCUAGGAGAGUCUGAUCUAGACUCAGACACUGGCAAUACAUGUGACAUGGAACAAGAGGAAAUGGGAACUGAGAACAACAUGUGGAAGUUGCGCGCUAAUUGUGUAAAACAAAUCCUCUCCUCACUAAACAAAGAGUUGGGUCCAUCUAAGGAAUUUUGCAUUGAAUUCAAUGUUGGAUUUGGCCCAAAGCAAAACAUCAGUAUUGACUCUUUGCCUAAUUAUCUGCUUGAAGUUGCUAAAUUUGCCUUAGCAAUGAAUUCUUCCCGGCAGGAUUUCAUCACAGAGAUUCUUGAGUACAACUUUGAUAUCUGCCUGCAGAGUAAAUGGCAAAAGAAUAUUUUCACUUCUGAAAUUUUGAAUAGAGUAAGAAAGCUGAGAAGAUGUGAAGGCGCAGUCAAAAUCUCAAAAGAGGUCUCUGAACUUCCUGGUCCCAUGCCAUCAAUAAAUAUGAUGAAUCACACUGUGGACAGUGUAAAACAUGAACUCAGCAGAAUACUGAGAAUGGAGGGGUGUGAUGUUGCUCCUGUGUGUCCUCCUCAUUCACAUGCUGAAACUACAGAACAUAUUUCAGCCAAGAGUGUGGAUCAUUAUCCCUUCUGCGAGGAAAUAGGUCUGAAGCUACAUGUCAACAAACAUCAACAAAACAAAAAACUGGAUAUCGACAAACUGACCAAUGGAGCAAUGAAUGAAGUGACAAACUUUGCAGAAAAGUUGUGUGGAACAUUUGAGCAGAUUUGUCUCGACAUUCUCGGACACAACUUUAAUCUUGAUUUGAAAAGUGGAGAUUCUGACCUUGCCAGAAGUAUUGUUGGACAAAUUUAUGCUGUACUGGUGCAACAAAAUCUAGCAACCUGUGCCAGUAAGGGAGUAAAGAUCACUGGAAAAGAAUUCUCAACAAUGAUAAAACUGGAUUGCCAGAACAACCCAAAUUCUGAUAUAUGUGAUGUUGGUUCUUCCCAGGCUGCGAUCAUAGACCAAGAUGUAGGCAGUUCUGCUGACACUAAACACCAAAAUGAGCUCAAUUUAAAGCUGUGGCGUUUCCGUGCCAAUCGUAUUGAGCAAAUCCUCUCAGUACCUCACAAAGAACAUUGUCCACUUUAUUCUUACACCAGAUGCAAGAAAUUAGGCAUUAAUUUUAAUGUAGGAUCUGGAGAAAAACAAAAACUGGAUCCCAAAUCACUGACCAAUGGCAUUAUGGUUGAAUUGAACACUUUUGCCACAGCACUAUCUUGCCAAAAGCAUGUCAUCACAGAGAUACUGGACUAUAAUUUUCAUCUUGACUUCGGCAAUGAGGUAUAUCGCAGUGCCUUUGCACAGCAAAUAAGGGAUAAAGUUGAAGCAUCGCAUGCGAAUAAAAAAUACAGCAUUCCUCGAAUGAAAAUGCUUCUUAAUCUCCUUGACAUGACCUGCAUACAAGAACGUAAGACACAUUGCCUCAAAUGCUAUCAAGACAGAAGUCAUAAGCUUUGCCAGGAAGAAGCUGACCCUGGUCACAUGCAUCAUCUUCGUCCACAUACCAUGGCUGACACAGUCUCUGCUGAUUCAAACUGCACAGCGCCAAAGCCUGCAAAGCAUCCGUCCUCUAACUUCUCAGGAGCAGAGAAAACAAUAAUGCACAGCUACCCUCGCUGCAAAAAAAUUGGUCUGAACCUGUGUAUGGACAAAGACCAACCAAAAGAUAAACUUGACACUCAUGUAUUGACACACAGGAUUAUGAAUGAAGUGGCUAGUUUUGCCGAAAUAUUGUGUGGAACAAAAAAUAAGAUCAUUAAUGAUAUCAUUGAGCACAACUUCAACAUAUGCAUGCAGGGUCGAGAACUUAAUCCUUCACUAUCGUUCCAAAAAGUGGCUGCACAAAGUGAUUGCAGCCCUGCCUGGUUAAGUGAAGUUUAUGUUAUUCAACGGUAUUCUCAUAAACAACCUGGAUAUUUAGGUACGGUAAAACGGGAAGCUGCCAUGCAGAGAAGUGAAGGGGUGGAAACUAUCAAAAAGAGAAAGCUGGCACUGCAAACAAAGAAGGAAAGAGCCACACUGUCGAGGCACAAGAUCAGUGUUGUAAAAUCCAAGAAAAACCCUCAAAGUAAAGGAAACUGCCUUCCGAUUUGCACUGACAUAGGUUUGGAUCUAGACAUGACAUCAAAAACGGGAGAGAAAGAAAAACUGGACUUGAAGCUAUUAACGAGAGCUGUGUGUGACAUGGAGCAAGAGGAAAUGGGAACAGUCAACUACUACACUUGUCCUCCAGACUCAGACAAAUUCAGCAAUUCAGGAGACACUGGGAUUCAGGAUAACUUCCAAAACACAAAAAGUUGUUCUCUGAGCUCCGUCAUUCCUAGAGAAUCAGAAUCGACUUGUCUGGAUAUCCGUGCGCCUUUCCUCACCACCAAUGACAUCUCACCUAGUUUACCAAAUGUGAACCCACCAUUGGAGAAUCAACCUGGUGAAAGAGUGCUUUGUGGAGGUGAAGAGCAAACACAGACUCCAAGUAAUGCACUAAAUGAAUGUGAAAUGGAAGAAGAGGAAAUGGGAACUGAGGACAUGUGGAAGGUUGCGCGCUACUCGUUUAAAACAAAUCCUCUCUGCAAAAGAGUUGGGUCCAUUCAACAGGUCCAAGUUGUUUGGCCUUGAAUUCAAUGUUGGAUUUGGCUCAAAGCGAAACAUCCCUGUUAGCACUUUGCCUAAUACCACUCUGCUCGAAAUUGCUAGAUUUGCCUUAGCGAUGAAUUCAUCCCAACAGAAUUUCAUCAUGGAGAUACUUGAGUACAACUUUGACUUCUGCCUAUACAGUGAAUACCAGAGAAAUAUUUUCACAUGUGAACUUAUGAAUAGCGUAAGCCAACUGAACGAUUGUGAAGAUGCAGUCAAAUUCUCAAAUGAGGAUUUUGAACUUCCUGGUCUUCCUGGUAUGGUCAGUGUAAAACGUGAACUCAGCAGAACACUGAGAAUGGAGGAGUGUGAUGUUGCUCCUGUGUGUCAUUCACAUGCUGAAACUACAGAGCAUAUUUCAGCCAAGAGUGUGGAUCGUUAUCCCUUCUGCGAGGAAAUAGGUCUGAAGCUACAUGUAAACAAACAUCAACAAAACAAAAAACUGGAUAUCGACAAACUGACCAAUGGAGCAAUGACUGAAGUGACAAACUUUGCAGAAAAGUUGUGUGGAACAUUUGAAGCAGAUUUGUCUCGACAUUCUCGGACACAACUUUGAUCUUGAUUUGCAAAGUGGAGAUUCUGACCUUGCCAGAAGUAUUGUUGCACAAAUUCCUGCUGUAAUGGCGCAAAUAAAUCUAGUAACCUGUGCACAAGUCGGUAAGGGAGUAAAGAUCACUGGAAAAGAAUUCUCAACAAUGAUAAAACUGGAUUGCCAGAAAAACCCAAAUUCUGAUAUAUGUGAUGUUGGUUCUUCCCAGGCUGCGAUCAUAGACCAAGAUGUAGGCAGUUCUGCUGACACUAAACACCAAAAUGAGCUCAAUUUAAAGCUGUGGUGUUUCCGUGCCAAUUAUAUUCAGGAAAUCCUCUCGGUACCUCAUGAAGAACAUUGCCCACUUUAUUCUUACACCAGAUGCAAGAAAUUAGGCAUUAAUUUUAAUGUAGGAUCUGGAGUAAAACAAAAACUUGAUCCCAAAUCACUGACCAAUGGCAUUAUGGUUGAAUUGAACACUUUUGCCACAGCACUAUCUUCCCAAAAGCAUGUCAUCACAGAGAUACUGGACUAUAAUUUUCAUCUCGACUUCGACAAUGAGGUAUAUCGCAGUGCCUUUGCACAGCAAAUGAUGGAUAAAGUUAGAGUAUCGCAUGCGAAGAAAAGAUACAGAGUUCCUAGAAUGAAAAUGCGUUUUAAACUCCCUGACAUUAAGUGCAUACAACAACUUGCAUAUAUGGACAAAACUGCAUAUUGCCCCAAAUGCUAUCAAGACAGAAGUCAGAAACUUCGCCAGGAUUACUCUGACCCUGGUCACAUGCAUCACCCCCGUCUGCAUACAAUGGUUGACACAGUCUCUGCUGAUGCAAACUGCACAGCACGAAAGCCUGCAAAGGAUCCGUCCUCUAGCUUCUCAGCAAUAGAGAAGACUAUAAUGGACAGCUACCCUGGCUGCAAGAAAAUAGGUUUGAGCCUGUUUGUGGACAAAGACCAACCAAAACAUAAACUUGACACUUGUGUAUUGUCCCAUGAGAUUAUGUGGGAAGUGGCUAGUUUUGCCAAAACAUUUUGUGGAACAAAAUGUAAGAUCAUUCAUGAGGUCCUAGAACACAACUUUAACCUCGGCAUGCAGAGGUCAGAUAUUGCACAGUUGUUUCGCAAAGCAGCAUCACUAAAGGAUGGCGGCCUUACCUGGUUCAGUGAAGUUUUUGUUAUUUCGCCAAUUUCUCACAGACCACUUGGAUAUGUAGGUAAAGUGGCACGGGAAGCUGCCAAACAGAGUGUAUGGAAGGAAUCCAUCAAAAACAGAAAGCUGGCACUGCAAAUGAAGAAGCAAAGAGCCACACUACCAAGUGAUAAUAUAAAUGUCGUAAAAGAAUCAGAGACAAAUCAUGACUGUAAAGUAAUGAAAAGAGCUUAUCCCUUAUGCACAGAGAUGGGUUUGGAUCUUGACGUGACAUCUAAAACGGGAGAGAAAGAAAAACUGGAGUUGAAGCUAUUGACAAGAGCUGUAGUAUGGGAGAUGCAUACAUUUGCAAGGAAGAAACCCGGAAAGUUUUUGCCACACAUGGUCUAUGACAUCCUUGACUAUAACUUUGAUCUUAGCUCACAGAAUCACAGGUGCUGGGAAUUUUCCAAGGCUACAACAUCCAAAAUCCAAUCCAUGAUCAGGGGUUAUCAUAAACUGCCACAUAAAGUAGACAAGGUCUUCAAAUUGCCAUUUGACUUUGUUUCCAAGUCUUCACAAAGGAUUGCAAAGGAGAUGCAAAAUAAGAAAUGUACAACGAAUGAGGGUCAUUUUGUUCGCCAAGUGAAAUACCGUUCAGGUGUCAAUCGAGUCUAUUUUCUCGACGGUUACAAAACUAAGGGAGCUUGCUUCCAUGAUGAGGACACACCGUUCCCUACAGAUCCUGGGACGAUGGUGCAGAUGGAUGGGAAUCAAGUGAAUGUUGGUUGUGGCAGUCAUUUCCAGGGAAACCUACAGAUUAAAGAGGAGUACGAUCCAUCUAAUGGCAAUGUAAAACCAGAACCGGACACUGAGGAAAAACAUUGUGUUGAUUACAAAACUAAGAAGGAAGCUUGCUUCCAUGGUGAGGACACACCGUUCCCUACAGAUCCUGUGACGAUAGUGCAGAUGGAUGGGAAUGAAGUGAAUGUUGGUUGUGGCAGUCCUUUCCGGGGAAACCUACAGAUUAAAGAGGAGUACGAUCCAUCUAAUGGCAAUGUAAAACCAGAACCGGACACAGAGGAAAAAUGUUGUCUCGAUGAUUACAAAACUAAGAAGGAAGCUUGGUUCCAUGAUCAGGACACACCGUUCCCUACAGAUCCUGUGACGAUAGUGCAGAUGGAUGGGAAUGAAGUGAAUGUUGGUUGUGGCAGUCCUUUCCAGGGAAACCUACAGAUUAAAGAGGAGGAGUACGAUCCAUCUAAUGGCAAUGUAAAACCAGAACCGGACACUGAGGAAAAAUAUAGUCCUCUUCAUGAUGAUGUUGAAACGGAGUCAAACACUGAGGAAUUUGUGUAUAUAGUCCCAGUUGACACAGCAGCAUUCCAUGAAUACUUAUGGUAACUAUAGGUCAGGGCAAUGAGAGCACAUUGAGCAAAGAAUAGCAGGACAAUGAGCCCGUUAACUCGCACUAUUAUGGAGUUCUCAGAAAGUGAAGUGGGCUUCUAACAGGAAUGAGAUCUUUUAACGUUCUAAAUUGUAGUUGUGUUCUACACUAAACAUGCUGGUAGUUGCCUUGUUGCUAUGCUUUGUAUUUCAUGUCGAGGGAGAAUAUAGUUGAUGAUUUAUUUUAUAAAUACUUCUGGAAUGUUUACUUUAAAAUGCUCACUGUUUAACUCCUAGUCAGGUAAUGGAAGAUUCAUAUACCCGAAUAAAAUGUUGCAAUGCAUAGGGCUGACUGAAAAUUUCAUGUGCCACCUUUGGCGAUUUGUAAAAUAUUUGUUUUUUGUUUUCUUCUAUAGUCAGCUUUUGGUAAUUUCUCAUGAGGAUAUUUUGACACUGAACUUUACUUGGUGGAUAGCAGAUUAUUGUCAUUUAGGACAUUCUGGACUGUUUUUAGUGCUUGUUCUUCGAUAUUAGUGCCUUUUCUGACCUCACGCGGUCAUAGUUUUGUAUUUAUAUUUUUAUAUUUUGCUUGAUUAAAAUGAAAAGAUUUUGUAUAUUACAAACACUGUGUACAUUUCUUGAAGCUGUGAUAUAAAUUGGUAAAGAUGA